CUUCCUUUGGUAUCCAAUGGAAAUUCUUCUGUUGGGAUGGUUUCCAGGUGAGAUCUUGUCGAACGAACCAACUAAAAUUCUUGAAUGCGAAGUUGGGCGUGGUAUAAACUGAAGGAAAAUAAUAGGUGACGUUAUUCGUUGGUUUUGGGAGGCGGGAUAAAAUGCUCUUGACAGGUAGGAAGUGACCAAUUCCCAAGCCGUAUAGUGAGGAUUUAGAAGCGAUUUACCAAUAAUAAACAACUAUAUGUUGUCUGUCAUGUUUGAAUAAACCAAUGGAGAUGAGCGAGGGCGGGAUUUUGUAGAGGCCGGAGUUCCGUCAGCCUUAAACCGAGGAUUAAGGGGGGGGGGAUGUUGAUUUGGGGGUUUUUCUAAUCGGUUUUGGGUUCGGUAAACCGGUUCGAAACCUGGAUCGGGAAAAGAAAGGGGCGGGAUAGGUUCAGUGAAGCAGGUACUCGCGGAGGCCUUUGAAGAGAAGUUUCAAAGCUCUAAAUACCGGGGAAGAGCCGGGGGGGCCUCGGCGGGGGCUUUGAGGAGGGACAGACGGGGAAAGGGGGACCCGAACCAGGAGGACCGGACCGGGCUCGACCCAGGAAAGAACCAGGCUUGAGAAAAUAGGGAGAAAACAAACUCACGACCCUUUCGGUGGGUGGAUUGUUGUUUUUUAAAUAAAAAACGGAGAGAGGGAAUCCCAAGACAACCGAACCGAACCUGGCCUGGAGGUCCGUGGAUUGUAACACCGAGGUGAAACAUUGCCCAGUCGGCCCGGAGAUAUGGGUAACGCUCCCACAGCCAAGAAGGGCAGCGAGAUGGAGAGCGUAAAGGAGUUUCUCGCAAAAGCCAAAGAAGACUUCCUUAGGAAAUGGGAGAACCCAGCACAGAACACUGCAUCCCUGGACCAGUUUGAGCGGAUAAAGACUCUAGGAACCGGAUCUUUUGGCCGGGUUAUGCUUGUGAAACAUAAAGAGACGGGGCAGCACUAUGCCAUGAAAAUUCUGGACAAACAGAAGGUGGUGAAGCUCAAGCAGAUCGAACACACGUUGAACGAGAAGAGAAUCCUUCAGGCUGUGAGCUUCCCCUUCCUGGUCAGGCUGGAGUACUCCUUCAAGGACAACAGUAACCUCUACAUGGUCAUGGAGUACGUUCCUGGAGGCGAGAUGUUUUCACAUUUACGAAGAAUUGGCCGGUUCAGUGAGCCACACGCACGGUUCUAUGCUGCUCAGAUUGUCCUGACCUUCGAGUAUCUUCAUUCCCUGGAUCUCAUCUACCGAGACCUGAAGCCAGAGAACCUUUUAAUAGAUCAGCAAGGAUACAUACAAGUAACAGAUUUUGGGUUUGCCAAGCGAGUGAAAGGUCGGACCUGGACGCUGUGCGGCACUCCAGAGUAUCUGGCUCCCGAAAUCAUAUUGAGCAAAGGUUACAACAAAGCAGUGGACUGGUGGGCCUUGGGAGUGUUGAUAUAUGAGAUGGCCGCUGGGUACCCGCCUUUCUUCGCAGACCAGCCCAUACAGAUCUACGAGAAGAUAGUCUCUGGGAAGGUUCGGUUCCCCUCCCACUUUAGCUCAGACCUGAAGGACCUUCUUCGGAACCUGCUGCAGGUGGACCUGACCAAGCGUUUUGGGAACCUCAAAAAUGCAGUCAGUGACAUCAAAAAUCACAAAUGGUUUGCCACGACAGACUGGAUUGCAAUCUACCAGAGAAAGGUCGAGGCACCUUUUAUCCCUAAAUGCAAGGGGCCAGGCGACACCAGCAAUUUUGAUGACUACGAGGAAGAGGAAAUCCGAGUCUCCUUCACUGAGAAGUGUGCAAAGGAGUUCAGCGAGUUCUAGAUCACUGGAGCAAUAGAGGAAGUGAUUGAGAGAGAUAUAGGAGACACAGCGAGGAGGCAGGUGCGCUCUCUCUCAUACAACGGCAAAACCAGAUACACCAGCGCAAAAAGAGGAGAUCAUCGCAAGCCAGCAGAGUUGCCUUUUUUGUGUCCGUUUUCAUAAAGGGGAAGGUGGGGGGAGGGGGGUUAGAGUACAUUUCAUGACCAUGAUACAUCCGUUUGGCAGCUGGGAUUGGCGAGGCGAGCUAGGAUUGGGGGUGCUAUGGCCGCCAUCUUUUAUUUUUUUUCUCUGAGCUGACCAAGGUUUUGUGCCGAAACCCAUUUGAAUCAUUCGCAACACUGCCCGUCGACUUUGUUUCAAAAGCCGUACUUUCGCUUCAGAUGGCAGGAAGCAACUGUGACCUCAGGGUUCACUUAUUUUAAAAUCCGCUCUCCUCCCAUUGCCAGGACUUAGCAUUUAGAAGUAACAUCCUCUCUUAACUAUGUACUCCUUUCGUGAGAUCCAGUUCAAAUGCAAACAACACAGUUUCCGGGAUAAAUGUUCCUGACUGAACGAAGCUGCAGGGAGUUUGACCCACUGAUGUAGUAAUUCAACAAAAUUUAAGAAAUUAAUGGAAAUUACCUGUACAGCCUCCCUAAAUUAUAAGAUGGAUAUGCAACAAUAAAAUGAUUUUAACAUUUAACUAAAAAAAAUGAGAGUGAGCAGGUAUAUUGUGAAGAAAACAUUCCACAGCUUUUAAUAGUUAUCAUAUGAAAAGGGUAUUCAGAAAAGGAGAAAAAUGCAGAAAGUUAUGUCUGAUAGAUAUCGCUCUGACUAGAAUAUACUGUAGGGUUUGCAAACUCCUCACUGAUUUCUGUAAGCCAUAUAAUAGAAGACUUCAAAUGAGCUAGCUUGUUUUCAAUAGUAAGCCUUAUGGAAGUUUACCUUGGUAAAUUCUAGGAUUUUAAUGCUUUGCUUAGUUUUGCUGUACUUUCAACAUGGUUAAACUUUCUUUUACUGGGCGUUAAUCCAACAGACCAUGGGAAUGUCAUUGAUCAUGAGAAAUUAUUGUAAGGAAUGUUAGUAUAAUACACCAUAGUAUGUGGUCCAGUAUAGUAAUGCACAGAGAAGACACGUUAUGGUAAAACCACUUUAAAAAAUACCACGGUAAAAGUUGAAAAUCCUAUGGUAGAUUUAUCACGGUAGAUAUUUUUAAAAUCUGAACCCAUUUUAAUAUAGACAAAAAUUAAAUUCAGACAUUUAUUUGUGUGCAAUUUGGAUUAUAUUAAGUAUAAAGUGAUUAUUUUAGCUGCAUGAAAUUUAAUCACUUGCGCAGUUAUUCUCAAAGCACCAGAAACAUCACUUUCUCUAGAACGGAAACUUCCUCCAACAAUAUCCUAACACCCAUACCAUAAAACUGAUUUUCAUUUUACUAGUAUUUGCUUGUGCGUAACCACUAUGCACAGUGGAUAAUAUGUAGAUGUGUAAGUUGUGAGCCCAUACAGUAUUUCCCUCUCCAUCUUGGUUGCAGCCUCACCAGCUGCCAGAUUCUCACAGCCCAGACAAGUGCUACACCUCCUAUGCAGAAAGUCCAGUCCUUGCUGUGGGGACAGGAGGGGAGUGACAUCAUCAUAACCAUCUCAUGUCGCACUACAAGAUGUGUUACACAUGUGCCUGUGUAUCAGAAAAUUUGUGAUGUGUGUAUAUUUUGACACUUAAAACCCUGUAAAGUUUUAAAUAAAUGGUGAUGGUGAGGAUCAACUGUAAAGAGAAGGGAAGACUUCUGAAGCAUUGCUCUUCUAAGUAUAAGAAAAAGUCAUCAAUGUACCAAACCAUAGUACCUCAACUAGAUUCAAGACAUCACAUGUAUUUGAGCAAAAAAAAUCUAUCCUUUGUUUUUGUGUCCCUAGACAUUUUCUGUGUGGGUGCUUGCAUUUGUAAGUGGAUCAAAACGAAAGACAACUGUGGUGAUUAUGAAUGGUUUCUGACUUAAUCACUGAUUUACCUUUUACAUGUGCUAUUUUAAAAUCCUUGUGUAGACUAAAGUGUUUUGUUUUAUUGGGAACAUUGGUAACAUACAACUGUAAUUUUAACUUCUACAAACGGAAAGUCUCCCAGUGGAAAAAAAUGUAAUCAAAAACUUACUGAACUGAUUAACAUACAUUUUGAUAAUUUUGCAUAUGUUGCUUUUAUUUUCAUUAACAGUAUAUGGCAAAAAGAGUUAAAACUUAAGUGAUUGUUUUAGAUAUAGUUUUCAAUAAAGCUGCCAAGCCCAGCCAAACAUAUAGACACAAUUGUGUUUAAUUGAAUGAGUAUAAAGAGUAACAUCAAAACCAGACAUUAAUUUUACUCUGAUUAUUAAAAGUCCAGUCAACCUUAGAAAGAUACUGGAAAAGCAACAAAAUACUAUAUCACCAUGAAGGCCAUGGCCUUUAAAAUGAAGGAUUCUGGCUCCCGUUGAAACUAGUUCAGAAUUUCUUUUGUUAAUGUUCACUUACGUCCAGAUUUCUGUAAAGUGCAGUAACUGUAAGAUGUAGAUGAAGGAUUUUGUACACAAGGGAUCUCUGGUUUUUGGAUUUCUAUCUUGAUAUUCACCCAAUGUUACUCCAGCCCCUCUUUCUUUUCUUAAAAAAAAAGUCCUACUUCCUAAGCCUUGGUUUUGCUUAAGAACCACAAGGUUUCUUUUUAAAUAUGUGGCUAAGCACCCUGUUGUGUGGAACUCUGUACUUAUGCUUUGCUCUUGGAGUCUACUGUCGACGUCGCCCAUGCCUUUCUCAAUCUGCUUGUUGAUUCCUACAUCUAGUGAUGCCGUGGUGGGUGGGUUUGCAGUGCAUCUUGGGGGAGAUGUUUUAAUAAAGAAGGACCUUUGUCUCUGUCUCCAAGUGGAAAGACAGCACUGACACACAUGCUGUGAUUAUUUCCUGCACACGAGAGCUGACCAGCUGGAGGUCUGAGGACUUUGAGGUUUGAGGGCCAUUUUAUUUCUGACUGCCUGUUAAAAUCCCCUGCCUCUUGUGCCAUCUGAUGGUGUUUCUGUCAGUUUAUCUUACCCUUUUAGGGUGUCUGCAAUAAGAUCAAACUGGACAGUUCAUAUGUGAUCUGGGCUAAGAUUGACCCCAUUACACCACAGCAAAUUAACCCUCUAUGUUUUCUCAUAUUGUUUUUCUUUCAGUAUCACAGCUGUGCUACUCUGCAUGUGCAGACAUGGCAAUGCCACAGUAUAGAAACUCAUUUACAAAAACAGAUAAUACAGGUGACAGGUUCAUCAAAUAACAAAGUGUUUUCAUUUUGAACUGGCUUUAAUAUCCAAACCAUGCUAAAACUCGAAAUGCCACGGUAAAACCAUCCAAACUUAUUAAGGAAUCUCCAGGGUUUCCUGCUUUAGUAAGUGAAAAUAAAUUUCUAAGAUGCAAGGGGGGAAAUAAGACGUUUUCCUUGAGGUCAUGCUCUGUAGAUCUCGUAAUCGAAAAUUAUCAUCUUGGACAUCUUCAAUGGACGGUCAUGUGAUGCUUUUUAAGUUACACCUCAAAUUGAACACUUUGCUAAUCCAGGAUUAAUUUUAGUUACAUGUGAAUGGGAAAGACUUUCCCCAGAUCCAGCUAUUUUUUUCUCCAUUAUGAAAUAAUGCCACCAGUGAAAAAGCAUAGUUUCCCAUCCAGGUUCAGUUUUCAAGGUCAGUAUUACUUAAGAUCAGCCAUUUGUUUUCAGUUCUAUAGUUUACAGUGACAUACAGCUAUGACCUGCUGUUGAAAUUGAAUUAAGAUAGAGCAAAGAUGUAGUUUUUUUAUAUAUAUAUAGUUAAUAGCAUUAUGCAGAAGUAAGGUUUCUGGUGAUUCAUUUUUGACUGAAAUUCUCAUACAUUUCCUUGUUUUUCAGACAGGCAUUGGUUUCCUUUUCCCAACAAGCAACACUAAUAAAUAAUGAAGUCCAAGGUAUAUCACUUACCUCAUCAGAUUCUUCCAGGUAGAAGGAAGAUAAAAUACUCUUAAAUUUAAUCAGAAUUACUUGGUUCAUGGCUCUUAAAGGCUCUUAAAAGAUUAAUACUUUAAAAGUCUUCAGGCACAGCUGUUCAAACCCAGUUUUGUAUUCUGUACUUCCUGUCCUUUCAAAGAAGAGGAAAUGAAACUCUAGACUUAGUUCAGUACUCCUUCAUGUGGUGCCAUUCACUUUCUGUUAGACUUUCUUUUUGGAGCCCCUAUUUAAAAUGCAUUUUUUCUACUAAAAAUGAAUUUGUCAUAGAGUGAGUAUAGAGGAUAUUGGGAUUUAUAUUUAUUUUUGUAACAUGGAAAAUGUUUAUAUGAAGCAAAUGUUUCUGGAGACAUGCAAAAGUGAAAACACAAAGAUUUUAAAGCUAAUUUUCUCAGUCUUUAAAGAAUUGUGUAAGCUAUGUAGCAUUCUUGAGAAUUCUUUAAAGAAAAAUGGACUGAAUUCUGUAUAUUAUUUAGUACUUUCUUUUUAGAAUAGGCAGUCUUUUAAAAUAUAUAUUUUGAAGGAGAGUCUUUUAGUAAUGUUACUGUGACUCUUUGCUGAAUGCCUUCCUGAAAAACAACCAUUUAGCAUUAUGUGAGUCUGGUUUCACAUAAUAUGUUCAACAUCUGGGUAAAAUCUGGAAAUGCAUUCAGUUCAAUGCUGAAAGUCAAGUUUCUGUCAGUUCUUACGGUUGCAUGUUUCAUUCAGAAGUUAACUGAAAACAAUUUCUUUCAUGACCAUAAGGGGGCUCUCUUCCUGUAUUAUUGUAUGUAUGCCCAUUGCAGCCCUGUAAUGAGGAAUGUCCUGAAUUAAUUCCUUGUUUUAUAGGCGGUCUACUUCCAAAGACCAGUUACUCUGUUGUUCAAAGAGGAUUUUAUCUUUGGAAACCAAUUUAUGUUGAGUAUCUGUUUGCCAGACUGACACGCAUUGCUUGAUUUAAAAUAAUGUUGCUCACAAUGCAGGAAAAUCAGAAAUUAGUCCCAUUCCUUUCUUCUUUUACCAGUCAUAAAUAUUCUUUGCUAUUCAGUUAUGUUCUUCUCACAUGAAUUCAUUUAGUCCUCACAUGACUUUAAAAUAUUCUUUGUAUAAAAGGCUGAAUUGUACAAGAAGACCAUUUUAAUGCAUUAUUUUAAAGUUUUACUGUUCUUGUGUAUUCUGGUUAACUAAGGAAAGUGCUCUCUUUGUUAUGACAUAAGUCCUCCUUUGCUUAAAGUGGGGUUGUUGGAAGGCAAGAUUGAUAUCAGGCAAGAAUCUCACUUGCAGAUGUGUAAAGGGCACGGAGAUGCCAAGUUUUUAAUUUUGGUUUCAUCAGCCUAGCACCUUAUUUUUCAUCCUUUCACUUCCCUCUCGCCUCUUUUUAUGCUGUUUUCAGUGUCAUUUUUUCAGCAUCUCUGUGCUUUCUCCUUCUCCAUUGGAAAUACCACCUGUUUCCAAUAUAUUGUUAAAGCAAAAAUGUUUUACUUUUUAAACCAAUAAAUAAAGUAUUUUUUUCUUUUUUUUCAUAUUUUGUAAGUGUAUUUACAAUCACAUAAUUGUUUCCUCCGGAGAUUAAUAAAGUUUUGGUGUGCAGUUUGUCAUCCCCUGUGGGAAAGACUGCUGUUUAAUCUUCUCUGCCUUUCACAGUCUUAAUUCUUCUGCCCUCUCUUCCAUCCAGAAUGGCAGAGAACCUUAGCAAACAGCAAACACAGAAAAAUACAACAAAACGUCUGUAAUAUUUUGCAACAUAUUAAGUAUCAUUCCAAUAAAGUUUUACUUGUUAUAAUUGAAA